AUGGUGGCGCCAGUGGCAGAUGACGAUGUGGCGGCCCAGUGGCUGCGACAUGCUGAUAGAUGCCUCCACAAGAGCAAUGACACUGACAUGAACCACAGCAGUGACAACAGUACCAGAAGUAUUAGCAUUAGUAGUGGCAGUCGUACUAGUCAUGAGGUGAACUACGCCGAUCUUCUUGACUUCAUGCAAAGUGCACCACCGCCGCCCGUCUCGCUGCAAGCCAAGUGGGAGAAGCACGUCUGGAAGCUGCAGGAUGAGCCAAUCGCCCUGUACUUCCUGCGGUCCUUGGCCAGUUCGUGUGGCGGCGGCCGCGCGUCCUUCCUCCUCGACGCGCGGCCGUGCCUGCCAUUUCCCUGCGCCCUGCCAGCGGACGGCGGGUAUGGACUGCAGCGGCAGGUUGUGCGCGUCGUCGCGCUGCGGCUGCUUCCCAGCACCACAGACGUUAUCCAGAUAGGGUGGCGCGAGGCCGCCGAUGGGGCGCUGCGCCCGGACUUCUGCAGCCGCACACACGUCGUUGUGCAGCUGGCGUCUGGGCGCCAUUACUCGGCGUGGGCAUACGGCGUCGUUGGCGGGCGGCUGCGCGUUGGGGCGGUGCUGAGCGCUCUCGUGUAUGCGAGCCGCACCGAGGCCCACGACGUGGCGUAUGUUCUUCACAAUGUGGCAGAGUUUACUGCUGCCGAUGACAGUGCGGUGUCAAGGUAUGACCGCGCUGCCCGUGGGACAGAAAUCCCAUCUUCACUUUUCUCACUGCCUGGGCGGCUGCCGUUCGAGCAACUUGUUCUGGCAUUCGUGCCGGGGAUUGAGGGACAGAUAUUGUGCAAGUCGCUCCUGCUGUUGGUUGCUGUACACACAUUAUACCGCGCCAUGCGCUGCCACACCCGGCAGCCUCUUCAUUUGUUGCUGUUGGGCGCGUCAAAGUCGGGAAAAUCCGCCUUGCUACGGGCAUUUCUGCGCCUUCUUGGUCCGCAUGCCACACUCGUCGGGGCCAACGUCGUUCACGGGCAGCAGCGCUUGGUUGCCUUGUCACAGGCCAUCACUGCUACACAUCCAUGUGUGCGUCAGCAGCUGCUUUUAGGGGGAGCCGUGUCGACGUUCGACGCCCUUAUCAUUGAUGAGCUUUCCAGCAGUGGCUGUGUGACUCACGUGGAGGGACUCAUGGCGGGUAUGUGCCCCAUUGGUGGUGGCAGUGCAUCUCCGACGCUGCGCGGCCACGUGGUGCAUACACGCGUACAGGUGACUGCUGCUGCAAAUGAUGAUCUCCUUCCAAUUGCAGCUGUGUUGCCGCAGUUCGCGGUGGUGGCACGUACAACUGCUAAUCUUUCGCUCCGCAGCACCGCCUCCAUCGGCGAAGGGGUUAUUGCCGCCUCUGUUGCCCGCUCACAAUCCUCGUCCUUGACACCGUCGCGGUCUGUGUCGCUGUGUGAGCAGAGCCCACAGCGGACGGACACUGUGCUCUCCGCCAGGCCGUUGAGCGAUGCGCUUCUGCGCGCCGUUGUGGAGGAGGCACUGCCACCGCCGCUGCUGGAGGCUGCCAUCCCCGCCGGGGUAUUUGUGCGCUUCUACCUGCGCUGCCUGGGUGAGCACUGGCAGAACGGCAGCAACAGCAACAGGAGUACCGUGUCGCUGGCGUCACAGAUGGCGGUGCUGUGGGAGCUCAACUUGGCCCGGUUGAUUCUUGAGAGUGGUGGCAGCAGCGGCGGCAGCAGUGGCGUCAGCGGUAGUAGCAACACUGGUGCCGCUGUGUGGAACGAGACACUUGCUGAGGAGGUAUGGCAAUGCUAUAAGCAUCAUCUCUGGACUGUCGAUACUGCUGCUGGUGCCGCUGGAGGAUGUGGGGGAGGAGACCACAGCAGAGGCCAAGCAGUUAUGUGUGGCCCCGUUUUACCCACCUCCAGGUGUGGAGCGAAGCGGAAGUUCAGCAAGAAGGCCUUAUGUGUGGCGCUGCUACGAAUGAUGGCAAAGGAGCAACGAGGGCGUGACGGUGCUGCAGUGCCGGAUGAUGUUGUUAGGGCCUUCUUUGAGCAGCUUGGUGGCGAGGGGCUGACUGGGCAGUCGUUUGGCGCCGUGAUUCAGCAGCUCCUGGACGCCGCAUUGAUUAUUCGCCGGCUGAAUGCCUACGCUGUUCUCAGCGAGGCGUGA